UGUGUGUGUGUGUGUGUGUGUGUGUGUGGUUUGAGUUCAUCUAAAAUGGCACUCCUUAUCUCUUUUUCUGCAAGCCUGUGAGGUCACAGGUUUCAGAUAGUCCCAGUUUGUCAAACCUCCUCAUACAUGACAGCACUUCUCUGUAUGUGUGUGUUCCUUCUGUCCACUGUGCAGCAAUGGGAAACCAUAUUGUAUCCAAUCACCGGAAAAGAAAGAUGCCUUUGGGUGACGAUGGACAUUCCUGGAAGAAGAAAACAUCAGAUGUUAAGGAGAACUUCGACUUCAAGGAGAUCCUGGGGACGGGGGCUUUCUCCGAGGUGGUCCUAGCAGAAGAGAAGAGGACACAGAAACUGGUGGCCAUCAAAUGCAUCCCUAAGAAAGCCCUGGAAGGCAAAGAGAACAGCAUAGAAAAUGAGAUCGCUGUCCUGCACAAGUUAAAACAUGCCAACAUUGUCUCCCUGGAGGAUAUAUUUGAGAGUAAAUCCCACCUCUACCUGGUUAUGCAGCUCGUGUCUGGUGGGGAGCUGUUUGACAGGAUAGUGGAGAAGGGCUUUUACACAGAGAAAGAUGCCAGCAAGCUCAUCCAGCAGAUCCUGGACGCUGUCAAAUACCUCCAUGACAUGGGCAUCGUACACCGCGACCUGAAGCCGGAGAACCUUCUGUACUACAGUAUGGAGGAGGACUCUAAGAUCAUGAUCAGUGACUUUGGCCUGUCAAAGAUCGAGGGAUCUGGAAGUGUCAUGUCCACAGCCUGCGGAACACCAGGAUACGUGGCCCCUGAAGUGUUGGCCCAGAAACCCUACAGCAAGGCGGUGGACUGUUGGUCAAUCGGUGUCAUCGCCUACAUCCUUUUGUGUGGAUACCCUCCGUUCUAUGACGAGAACGACGCCAAGCUUUUUGAGCAGAUUCUGAAGGCUGAAUAUGAGUUUGACUCUCCUUACUGGGACGAUAUCUCUGACUCAGCCAAAGACUUCAUAGUCCACUUGAUGGAGAAGGACCCCAGGAUACGCUACACAUGUGACCAGGCUCUGCAGCACCCCUGGAUCGCUGGUGACACCGCUCUAGAUAAGAACAUCCAUGAGUCUGUCAGUGCUCAGAUCAGGAAGAACUUUGCCAAGAGCAAGUGGAGGCAAGCGUUUAAUGCCACGGCGGUGGUGCGUCACAUGAGGCGUCUGCAGCUAGGCACCAGUCAGGAGGCCACCAGUCAGACCACGCUGCCCAGCCCCCUCAGAGCCCACCUGCUGCUUUCUGAGGCCACAGAAACAGAGGACACCACCGAGUCUCCGUGUGAGGGGGGCUGCUCCCAGAGUGCUGAUGGGGGGGCGGAGCGCGACCACCUCUCCAACUGCACCUACCGCUGCCAUCCAACCAGCCGGGUCUGAUCCCUGCUCACCCGGGCCACGCGGGGCCAACCAAUGACUUUCCCAUUUACCUCUGGAGACCAGAGAACUCCCUUGUCUGGCCAGAAAUACAGAGUUGUUCCAGCAACCCGCCACCAGGAGGGGCAGGCAGGUUAUGAAUCCAGGGUGGGGAGGAGGGAGGAGGGACUCGAUGUCAACAGAGGAGGUCAUUUGAACUGAUUGGGUGAGAGUGGAAGAUGAGAUGAGAGGGGAGAGGAGAGGAAAGGAAAGGAGGAGAACAUUGAGAAAGAGAGGUGUGGUGCCCAGAAUAAUCCUGGCUCAUAUAUUUUGGUAGCGGGACAGAGCUUGGACAGGGUUUUACUCAUCCUUUUAAAAUGUGCGUCUGCUUUUUAUAUCUCUGCAUUUAUGUGCAUGGUGUUUUCUAUCUUCAUUGUCUUUCCACUUUGACAGAAUCCACGGAUGAUAUCUGCAUGAUGAGGUGACAGGUCCCCUUGCAUGUUGGCAGAAGGUGUUUUAUAGCGUGAAGAGUCUAUUGCAAAAUCGUGUAUGGUAGUAAUCAUUAUGUUAUAGUUCCUGUACUGCAGAUACACAUCUUUAUGACCUUAAUGAAUUUAGCGCUUCAGCAUUACAUUUGUAUGGCUUUGUUGUAUCUUAAUAUAAUUUUUUAUAUAUAAAUGUAGCCCUAGAUGCAUUCACCUAAUACCACAUCUGGAUAAUCAAUGUGAGAAUACUCCAUCCAUUGGGCUAGUAUACGAUAGACCCAGCAUUUAGCUAGAUCUGUUCUUUCUUUCUUCUUUCUUUCCUCAGCAUGGUUGUGUUUCACAACUGUAAGUUUGUGGUUGUGCUUCCACCCCAAGCUUAUAACAGAAUAAGGCUUUCUGAUUUUAAUAAAUUCAGCACAGGGACUUCUUCUCUAUGGUGCCUUUAGAACAAUAUCAAAUGUUUAUUUUCUGGUGGCUUUUAGAAAUCUGAAGAUACAUCUCUAUAUCUCUGCACAGUUAAAGGAGCAUUAGCGACUAUUUCAUUGUAUGUUUGUAUAUAUUUCAAUGUGGCAAUUCUAUCGUUAAAUACAGACUUUCACCUUGGUCCAGAUCUGUCCAGAUCGCUUUUCCAGUUGAGAAGUGUAAUAACCUGGAGAUAGACUUACAUACACAGCCAUUCAUCUUAGUACUAGUUAAUACUUCAUUUUUUCAAGCCUUUGUACCUGUACAGAGACAACUUAAAUUAAAGAAUGUAAAUAUACAUUU